GAGUAGGAAGAACCCGGCGGCGGCGUUGUCGCCGCGCCCCCGGCCACCAGCUACCUGGAAGGCAGCCCAGCCCGUUGCCGCCCCCUCCCCCGAUUGCCGCCCGCUGCGGGGCCGCCUGCGCCGGGCGGAGGGGCGCCGCCGCGAGCUCCGGGCCCUGAGGGGACGCCUGGGGAGAGGCGCUCGGGGGCUCGGACCCGCCGGCGUCGGGCGUACCCCGACAUUAGGGGCUGUGGCCGUGGGGCCGGGCACCUGUUCGGCCGGGCGCGGCGCGGGCACCGGGGGCUAGGAUGAAAGUGACCGUGUGCUUCGGCAGGACAGGCAUCGUGGUGCCGUGCAAGGAGGGCCAGCUGCGCGUCCGGGAGCUCACGCAGCAGGCGCUGCAGCGCUACCUGAAGACCCGGGAGAAGGAUCCGGGCUACUGGGUGAAGAUUCAUCACUUAGAAUACACAGAUGGAGGAAUCCUGGACCCAGAUGAUGUUUUGGCAGAUGUCGUUGAAGACAAAGAUAAGCUGAUUGCUGUGUUUGAUGAACAAGAACCACUCCACAAGAUUGAGAGCCCCAGCGGAAACCCUGCAGGCCGGCAGAGCCCAGAUGCCUUUGAGACGGAAGUGGCUGCCCAGUUGGCUGCGUUUAAACCAAUUGGUGGGGAAAUUGAAGUGACCCCUUCUGCUCUGAAAUUAGGCACUCCACUGCUGGUGAGGAGAAGCAGUGACCCAGCUCCAGGCCCACCUGCUGACGCCCAGCCCAGGGCUUCACACCCCAGUGGCCAGAGUCUGAAACCUGUUAUUCUAGAUUCCACACAGAACUUAGAAGAUGGAGGAGUUAUGAAUGGUGUACAGACCGAACCACUGACAUCGCUGAAAACCAAGGAUGCACUGAGCAAUAUGACAAGAACAGUGGAGAUUUCUGGGGAAGGAGGCCCCUUGGGAAUACACGUGGUGCCCUUCUUUUCAUCUCUGAGUGGAAGGAUUCUAGGACUCUUCAUCCGCGGCAUUGAAGAAAAUAGCAGGUCCAAACGGGAGGGACUAUUUCAAGAAAAUGAAUGUAUUGUAAAAAUCAACAGCGUGGACCUCGUAGACAAAACCUUUGCUCAGGCUCAAGAUGUCUUCCGUCAGGCGAUGAAAUCGCCCAGUGUGCUCCUCCACGUGCUUCCACCUCAAAACCGUGAACAGUAUGAAAAAUCAGUCAUUGGACCGCUUAACAUUUUUGGUAACAAUGAUGGCAUUUUGCGAACCAAGCCACCGCCUCCUGUCCAUGGAAUAAAAACCGUAACUCUCACAGGAACAGGGGGUCCUGAAGAGGAUGCUUUGACCUCUCUGCAACAAAGCAAGAGCCCCCGGGUACCAAGACUGGGUAGAAAGCCAUCCUCUCCCUCACUCUCCCCUCUCAUGGGGUUUGGCAGCAAGAAGAAUGCAAAGAAAAUUAAGAUUGACCUAAAGAAAGGCCCUGAAGGACUGGGUUUCACUGUGGUUACCAGAGACUCUUCCAUACAUGGGCCUGGUCCCAUUUUUGUAAAAAACAUUUUACCAAAGGGAGCAGCAAUAAAAGAUGGCCGCCUACAAUCAGGGGACAGAAUUUUGGAGGUAAAUGGCAGAGAUGUCACUGGGCGAACACAGGAAGAACUUGUGGCCAUGCUGAGGAGCACCAAGCAAGGAGAGACAGCAUCGCUGGUCAUCGCCCGUCAAGAAGGGACUUUUCUUCCCCGAGAGCUGAAAGGAGAGCCCGACUGCUAUGCGCUCUCCCUGGAAACGACCGAGCAACUCACCUUCGAGAUCCCCCUGAAUGAUUCGGGUUCUGCUGGUCUCGGCGUGAGCUUGAAAGGGAACAAAUCUCGAGAAACUGGAACGGACUUGGGAAUUUUUAUCAAAUCCAUCAUCCAUGGAGGUGCUGCUUUCAAGGAUGGUCGUCUACGGAUGAAUGACCAGCUGAUUGCCGUUAAUGGGGAAUCUCUUUUGGGAAAGUCCAACCACGAAGCUAUGGAGACACUGAGGCGAUCGAUGUCCAUGGAAGGAAACAUUCGAGGGAUGAUCCAGUUGGUGAUUCUGCGGAGACCAGAGAGACCACUGGAGGAGCCUGCAGAGUGCGGGGCAUUUUCUAAGCCAUGCUUUGAGAAUUGUCAAAACACUAUAACCACCUCCAGGAGAAAUGAUAACAGCUCAUUGCAUCCCUUCGGCACUUACAGUUCGCAGGACAAACAGAAAGUGCUGUUGCUUCCCAGUGACGGAUGGGCAGAUCCUGAGGUCCCGCCUUCUCCACCACCACAUCCUGUUCUGGAAUUGGGCCUUGAAGAUUACAGCCACAGCUCUGAGGUAGAUUCGGCGGCAUAUUUUCCAGAUCAGCACAUCCAUUUCAGAUCUGUGACACCAGCCAGGCAGCCCGAGUCAAUGAAUCUGAAAGCCUCAAAGAGCAUGGACCUUGUGUCAGAUGAAAGCAAAGUCCACUCAUUGGCUGCUCACAAAUCGGACUCUCCAAGCAAAGAUUUCGGUCCAACUCUGGGUUUGAAAAAGUCCAGUUCCUUGGAGAGCCUCCAGACUGCGGUUGCUGAGGUCAGGAAGAACGAACUUCCCUUCCACAGGCCCCGGCCGCACAUGGUUCGUGGCCGCGGCUGCAACGAGAGUUUCCGGGCAGCCAUUGACAAAUCCUAUGACGGACCGGAAGAGCUCGAAGCCGACGGUCUGUCUGACAAGAGCUCUCACUCCGGCCAAGGGGCUCUGAGUUGUGAAUCUGUCCCUCAGGGGAACCCUGAGCUGGAGGACGGGGAGCAGAAAGCCAGGAAAAUCAAAAAACCGAAAGAGAAGGAGAAGAAGAAGGAAAAGGGCAAACUGAAAGUCAAGGAGAAAAAGCUGAAAGAGGAAAAUGAAGACCCAGAGAGGAAAAUAAAGAAGAAAGGGUUCGGUGCCAUGCUGAGAUUUGGAAAGAAGAAAGAUGACAGGGGUGGCAAGGCUGAGCAGAAGGGCUCUCUGAAGCAUGGAGGCCUGAGGGGAGAAGAGCUGGAAAAAAUGAAAGAACGUGAAAGGAUUGUAGCAAAACACCAGGAGCUAAGGGAAAAGCAGGCAAGAGGUCUUAUUGAUUAUGCUGCUGGUGCAACUGGAUCGCUGCAUGAUAUGGACGAUGAUGAAAUGGAUCCCAACUACGCCAGAGUGAACCACUUCCGGGAACCGUGUGCAUCAAGUGUCUACAGGUCACCAUCUCCGCCUCGGGCUGGACCACUGGGUUACCACCGGGAGAGCCGUCCGCUGUCUCCAGAGAGAGACCACUUAGAGGGUCUCUAUGCCAAGGUCAACAAACCAUAUCACCCACUGGUGCCAGCUGAAAGUGGCCGGCCUGCAAGUGGGAGCACGGACCGCAUCCAGAAGUUGCGGAAAGAGUAUUAUCAGGCCCGGAGGGAAGGAUUCACCUUAUAUGAGGACGACGAGGGAAGAUCGAGGCUAGAUUAUGACCUUCACUGGGUGUCUGGAAAGGGUCCAGAUGGGAAUGCACACAACGUCCGCUUUGAGGGGAUGGAGAGACAGUACGCGUCCUUACCCAGGGGAGGACCAGCCGGUCCCGUAGACUACCUGACGGCCACACCUCGAGCGCUCUACAAGGAAAGGGAGCUUCCAUAUUACCCGGGGGUUCAUCCUGUGCGUCCUCCCAAAGGGAGCUACCCUCGCGCCCCAGAUCUGAGGGUCGCAGACCUCCGGUAUCCUCAGUAUUACCCUCCUCCGCCAGCCCCCCAGCACAAAGGACCCUUCCGACAAGAUGUUCCACCUUCCCCCCCUCAGCACCACAGAGUGCCCGCCAAUCCAGAAAUGGGUAGACCAGGCCCCCGAGGGGGCAGCCCAGACCGGUAUCCCUACCGAGCCCAGGAUCCCAGGCAGAAGAGCCCCAUGACUGCAGCCGUGUAGCUGAACGCGCCAAGCUCAGCCCGGCCCAGGGAGGGACACGUGUGACAUCACC